ACAGGAUAUCAAAAAUAUUUUUUUAACAAGGCAAUCUAAUUGAUAGCCAUUUUGAAGAGCCUUUUGUUGGUGUUUUGUGAAUGUUUUCAUCAAAAUUUUCUAAUAUUUCUAUGAUAUGAAAGUGUUUUCAAUACACAAGUCAUAUUGCAUUGACUAAACAUUAAAUCAGUACAUUUUACAUUAUAGUGUUGUUAUUUUGGUGAAGGCGCAUUGUGAAAAAAAAACCGGAAAGAACUUAGCCGUAUUUAUGUAUUGUGGAAAAAAUCUCAUGAAAUAAAGACAGUAACUGUGACAGUGGAAAGGUAUAAUUUUACGGCUGUUGUGUUUAAGUCUGGUUGACUAGUUAAAACGGCCGUUAAUAUUUACAUCGCGUGUUUUGUUCACUACGUAAAAUUUAGAUCGCCACAAGAUGGCGGCCAUUGGAUGCCCGCUCCGCCAAAACCCGCUCGCGGGGCCCGAUGUGUCAUCGGGUUGCGAGAGCUUCGGUGACAUGCUGUAAACCGGCGUCUCGCACCGCGGCCGUAUUCACCGGCCGCAUACGGCGAGGUUCCAUUUCAUAAAAUGGAAUUUCGCUCGAGGCGCCAAAAUGCGACGGGUGUUGACAUAAGUGCAAUACCGUACCGUUACUCAGGCGGCAGAACCUAAUAAUCAGUGACGAAGAUGUGUGAGCCAGACGAAGUCGGCAAAGAAGUGUGGAAGCGAUGGAUACUGGAAGCCAUACACAAGAUACGCUCGCAGAAGCAGAGGCCCAGUGUCGAGCGUAUCUGUCACGCGAUCAGACAGCAUCACAAUUAUCACGAAGAUGUUGUGUCAGAGCGGCUGGAGAGGGCCGUACGCGAAGGUGUAGUGCUGAAAGUGUACAAUAAGGGCCAAAGCUCGUAUAAAGAUCCUGGUGGCCUGCAGAGUAAAAUACUGAGGGUCACGCAAGAUGUGGAUCUCUCUAGGGUUGUGGCUAAAGCAGUGCGUGAGUUAGGCGAACGAGACGGUUCCACGUUAAAGACUAUUGAAAGACAUUUGCACCAAGCAUACCAAGUGACAGUUGUAGCGGAAGUUGAUGUGCGCGCAGUGUUAAGAGCCGCUGCCAAACGCGCCGUGGCGCGGGGUUUGCUCACGCACCAAGCAGGCGCUUUCAAGGCGACCGAGAGACCCCUGACCACCUCCUCGGACCGCAGCUCUAAACAGAGAUCUAAGAGUGCACAGGACUCCCCUGAGAAGAAGCCAGUUCAAGGUGGAGUUCCCGUGUGUACUGAGUGCCUUGGUACUGAUGCUAGGAAUAGGUUAGGAGCCCUCGAGGCUCUCAUAUGUUGUCAGCAGUGCAAGUCCUAUGCUCAUCCGACGUGCCUGAACCUCACUGAUGAGGUUGCUCUUCCUGUUAUAAAGUCGGUGCGCUGGGUGUGCGGGUCGUGCGCGGCGUGCGAGGCGUGCGGCGCGGGCGCAGACACAUCAUUAAAUGCCUUAGUGAGCAAGUCACAUCUUUUCAUGAAAAUAAUAAUAAAUGAGUGUAUAAUACAGUUUGCAUUUAUACAUACUUACAAAAAAAAAAAUCUCAUAAGUGAAAUAAAUUUUGAAGUACUCUGUUUGUCCAGGUCAUCGGUAGCUGGGACACCUCGCGGCAGAAAGCCCCGCACGCCGGCGCGGCGGCCGGACUCCGACGACGAGCAUUCCGACGGUAACGCCCCACCGCGGCCCCUGCGCCCCCCGACCGAACAGAGAAUGUCGAGAGAGAAGCAGAAGUUUUUCAGAUUCUCCGCGUUCAAUCUAGUGAAGCGGCGCCGCCGCCGCUCGUCGUCCGGCGAGUGGGAGGGCUGGGGCGGCGUGCGCGUGACCCGCGUGCAGCGCCUCGAGCUGCGCCUGGAGCGCCGCCCCGCGCCCGCCCCCUCGCCGCCCGCGUCGCCCCCGUCGCUGCUCGCCCCGCCCGACCCCGAGUCCGCCGCGUCCGCUUCCGACUCGCCCGCCUCCCCCGCCUCGCCCGCCUCGCCCGCCUCCCCCGACUCGGCCGCCUCCCGCACCUCCCCGGGCUCGCCCGACUCCCGCGGCUCUCCCAGCUCCCCCGGUACUCCCGCUUCCCCCGGAUCGCCGGUGUCUUCGAGUGAUAGUGAACCGCGUCCCGCUCCCGCGUACGUAUCUACCGUGUUCGAACGUUUGGCGGCCGAUUCUGGACCCGAUGGCGUUUGGGGCUUCGCAGCCGAGGCACAGAAACAGAAACGGUUAGAACCUGAGCUACAAAAUCACGCGCGGAUCGAGGUCGACCUCCAGAGACCAAAACGAAUAGAGGCAGGUUCUCCUAGACAGAGACGAUCAGAUGUCGAACCGCGAAAACAAAAGAGGCUCGAAGUAGAGUUACAGAAACAGAAAAGACUCGAAGUCGAAUUGAUAAAACAAAGAAGACUGGAAGUAGAACCUCAAAAAAUUCAAAGACUGGAAGCCGAGCCUCUACUGUCAAUUCUAGACACUGAGUCUGUACAGAGUAGACUUGAGCCAGAAUCGCCCCGGCCCGAGCCUGAGAGACACCGCGUUGCGCGGAGGCGGAGUAGAUGCGGCGAGAGACUGCUCACGACGUUAUUUGACGGGCUUUCGGAGUUCUAUUCGGUGCGGUCCGGGUCGCGCUCGGCGUCACGCGCGCGGGGGCGCUCGCGCGCGGCCAGCCCGGCGGGGCCCGGGGCCGGGGCCGGGGCCGGGGCCGGGGCCGGGGCCGAGCCCGCCGUGCUCAAGGAGACGCGCAGCACGUUCCGAAAGUAUCAGGCGGCGCUGCUCGGCGCGCGCAGCCGCUCGCGCUCGGCCUCGCCCGCGCCGGGCCCGCGCCUGUCGGCCUCGCAGCUGGUUAGGUCUCUGGCGGCCGGCAAGCACCGCGCGGGCCCGGCCGAGGCGCACAAACUGAUCCGCGGCCUGCGCCUGGCCGCGCGCCCGGCCACCAAUCAGACGGAGGGCGCGCGGCUGCCGGCGGGCGUGUCGGCGGCGGACGCGGCGCUGUUCGCGGCGGCGGGCGCGGGCGCGGCGGCGGACGCGGCGCCGCUGCCCGCCCCCGCGCGCUGCCCCUCCGCCAUCGAGUUCGGCCAGUGGGAGAUCGACACCUGGUACUCCAGCCCCUUCCCGCAGGAGUACGCACGCUUACCCAAGCUGUUCCUGUGCGAGUUCUGCCUGAAGUACGCCAAGAGUCGGGCCGUACUGGUGCGACACCUAGACAAGUGUCUGUGGCGCCACCCGCCCGCCACCGAGAUCUACCGCUGCGGGGACAUCUCGGUCUUCGAAGUGGACGGCAAUGCCAACAAGAUCUACUGCCAAAACCUCUGCCUCCUCGCCAAGUUGUUCCUAGACCACAAAACGCUGUACUACGACGUGGAACCCUUCCUUUUCUACGUAUUGACGAAAAAUGACAGCAAAGGCUGCCAUCUAGUUGGCUACUUCUCCAAAGAAAAACAUUGUCAGCAGAAAUAUAAUGUUUCGUGUAUAAUGACAAUGCCGCAAUACCAGAGACAGGGAUAUGGGAGGUUCCUCAUCCAUUUUAGUUAUCUACUAUCAAAAGAAGAAGGACAACCUGGCACACCAGAAAAGCCGCUAUCUGACCUCGGUAGAGUUUCGUACCACGCGUACUGGAAAUCUGUAAUCCUCGAAUUUCUGUAUGACCACAAAGAAAAACCAUUCACCUUCGAAGACAUCGGCCACACGACGGGGAUGCAUAUGAACGAUAUAGCGGUAACGUUUCAGUUACUUGGAUUUGUGAGAUACAUUCCUAACAACGAGACCACCAAACUGGGGCUCUGCAUAGAUUGGAAUAAAGUUGACAAUCACAUGAAGAAAGUUAAGAGCAGACCACGGCUAGAGAUAGAUCCCGAAUGUCUGAGGUGGACUCCACUAUUGGCACCUACAAUUAAUCCAUUUAGAUCACCAGAAGAAGCUUCUGUAGAUCAAGAUACUGAAAACGAUGAAGCUGAACCUAAGACAGAGAGUGAGGAUACAGCAACAGAAUCUGAAACCCCUGCGUAUAAAGAAGAGGAGCCUAAAGCUGUAAGUAAUGCAGAAGCAGAGUCACCAGAGCCACCCGUGGAAGUAACAUCUUCUGGCAGAAGACGGACAAGGCCUCUCAAGUACAGUGAAACUACUUAUCAAACGACGCCCACCCUUACUGAGGGAAACCGGAAAAGAAAACGGGAAGUCAGCAGAAAAAUAUCAGAAUCUAAUCCAGAUGAAGAUAAGAAAGACAAAGAAGAAGAGACUCCUCGAAGACAGAGGAGUAAGAGUGUUGCCAGAAGAUCGUCUCGCGUAACGCAGAAUGAGCCCGCAGAGGAAGCAACGCCUAGAAAUAGAAGGCAGAGUGUGAAAGAAGCAGCGUAUGGCUCUGAUAGCCAGGAGAGUCAGGAAAGUAUGGACAUGAGUGCAACUACCCCGGCUACUGCCGUCCCAGUCAAAGCCAAAAUAAAAAGAAAACUGGCUUGGAGGGGUCGACAACGCAAGCGGCAAAAGAUUACCAAAACGCCUGCAAGGAACGCCUCACCGGCAGCUAAAAAAGCCAAAAUUGACGAAACUAAAGAACAAGUUGACCAAGAUUAUAAAACUGACGACUCUAUGGAGCCGAGCAAUACAGUCCCAACUGAAGACCACAAUAAAUCUCCAAAGAAUAAGCUCGAGGAAAAGACGGAAGAGAAAAACAAGUGCUCUGAUGCCAGCUCUGAAGAUUCAUCCGGAGAAGCUGAUGAUGAAAUGGAUGUCGAGGAAGGCGAAGAAAGAAAAAACAUUAACAGCAAACCCGCAUCUCCCCGACACAUCGAGGAAAACAGCACAGACCACCAUACUAGCGACAUGGAACUCGACAGCAUACAUAUGGACUCCCCAAAGUCCAUAGCUGAAAAGGAUCAAGUCAUUAAUGAGACAGGAGACAAAUCGAAUGAUGCUCCAAGCGACAGUAAAACAGCUGAAGCAACUCCUGCAACUACUGAGGAAGAAACAACUACAGCUAAUAAUCAGGUAGAGGAUAACAAAAUGACUGAACCUAGAAAUGGGGAAAUGAAGUCACCAGCUAAACCAGCUGUCGACGAAAAAGAAACGAUCAUUAUAUCUGAAUCUGAUGACAAUAACAGUCAGAGCUGUCCCUUGCCGUCACCUAAACCUAACAUGGUGGCGCCUGUUCAACCGAACAAUGAAAAUAAACCCAAAGAGGUGGAAGAAAAGGACAGUCCUUCCAAGGUAAUACCAGUUGUGUCCACGGAGAACGCGCAUAUAGUACUCGAUCCCAGUGCUCGAGUACAGGAGGAGGUGAACACAACAAGACCGGCAGUGGACCUGAUUGUCCCGAAAAUACACCAGAUUGAGACCAUUGUAGUCGAACCGGAAUCAGACACCACGAAUUCCCCGCACGCUGGUGUUUCGCCAAAGAAACCUGACAAAUCUAUUAUCAAUGAGUCGCCAAAACCUAAAAAAUCUCCAGAGCCCUUAAAUAUUGAUGCGAAUUGUGAGCAAAAACAAAGUGAGAUGAGAAAAGAAACUGUCAUACAACAUCAAAAUAUUGACGAAAGUACAAACGCCGAGAAGAAGUCGCCGAAUAAAAUAGAUUCUAUAAUACAAAACUUAGAUACGCAAAGAGAUACAUGUGGUAUGAAGAAGCCAGACCCCAUCAAAAUAGAUAGUUUUACUGAAAUUGAUAAUAGAAAUAAAUUACCCAAUCCAAUAGUUAGCAGAGAAAAUGAAAUGCCAUUUCGGAAUGACAUGCUCAUGAACACAAGAAAAGACGAAAUAAUAAUAACUAGAAAUGUUAUAGAGCCCGCAUCAAUGUUGAGCUUUCAAAAUCCUGUUAGCAAUUCCAUGACAAUACAACAGAUCAAUACGGCUCAGCAUUCUUUUCUGAAUCACAGAGCAAAUGUUAGCAAAGAAUCGCAAGCUGUACAGACUGACAAAGUUUUGGUCAAAACGAGUGAGCAGAAUCGCGUAAUAAAUAAUACCCUUGAUUCAACUCCUGUCGUGAGUAAAACUACGACCAAACUGGAAGUCCCGCAUCCUAUAUCUUCCCCAGUGAUAAAUCCAGUAAUACCGAAAGUUCCCAAUGUGACUGAUAUUAAUUUUUUACCUCGAUGCCAAAGCGCUAACGCUGCUGUCAGUAUGGGCUUAGACAGAGCAGAUCUGGAAGCUAACUUUGUCAACAGCAAUGCUAUGCAAAACUCUUUGACUGGGUCUAUGAGCAUCGUCCAGACUAAUUCUCAAGAUUGCAAGAACGAUCCUAAUUUAAAGCCGAGGGAGAAGAGUAAACUACGAGAUGUAAGAGUAAAUUCGGCUCAUAGCAAGCUGGAGAAAACUGACAAGAAGACCAAUAAAAAUGACACGCCCAGGAGCACGCCGGAGCCCAAGAUGUUUUUUCCAGAACCAAACGCGAACUCGCGGAAGCCAGAAACGUCUGUCCCCAUAAAUGUCAUUAACUCCGUGCCGAUCACCAGCAAAGAAACCAAAACAACGAACGAAGUUCCCAAGAAACAAGAUUACUUUAAGAAAGAGAAAUCGAAUGCCUCUAAAUGUGAUUCAAAAAAUGCGUCCGUCAAACAUGACAAAGGUUGCACUACACAGCUAAAUUUGAAACCAGACCAGAAUGACCUGAACAAAAUGUUGCCAAAAUUUAAGUAUGACAACGAAUUGGUGCCUAAGGCGGAUUAUGCGAUGAACCAAAUUCCGAACUACCACACUACCCACGGCCAGUAUCAGUGGCCGCCCUGGGAUCCUACGAGGAUACAGGGCUCUUGGGAACAUAAUAGAUUUUUAGAUAUGAAAAAUAGCGUAAGCGACAAAAACUACUUGGAUAAAUUCCAAGGAUUUAACCUUCCGCAUUUAGACCAGGUUCAAAAGUCGCCUCAGAAAUUGCUUCCUAAGUACGACCAGAAAGAUUUUCACAAUAUCGCGUACGGAGCGUUAAGUGGAAGUUUAUACGCGACGACGGGGCUGCCACACUUCAAAGAGACCAAAACACCGACUUCCAAAGCUGAGUGCUCACAAAAGAGCGAGUGUAAACCGUCAAAGCAGUCGAAGACCACGACUGCUUGCCAGACUCAGUGCGAACCCAAGAAGUCGCAAACCACAGCCGACCAAAUAAAGCAAAUGAUGCAGCGGCAGGUGAAUAAACAGCCGGAGGUCGUUACGAGCUGUGCAGAGUACAGGCAGCAAAGUCCUCAGAUCUUAACGUCUCCAGGCUGUAAACCAGGGUUUAAUCAAAAUGGACCUUGUGGUCAGGAAAAGACGGAGAUCGAGAAGAAGUCUCGACAGCACAAGAAGGAGGAAUCUCCGAAGGAAGCGAACAAGGAGGAGCUGUGCGAGGCGGUGAGCCCGGCCCUGCAGUCCAUGGGAGUGUACACGCCCGACUCCACCAGCAACUCCGUCCACUCCGUGCAGUACCCCGCCUGCGAGCUAGACGUCAGCCAGCUGGGCCUGGAGUCCCCCACCAGCAUCGGCUCCGACCUGGCCUCGCCCUGCUCCAUGAUGCACAUGCAUCCUGCUCCUUCGCCGCAGUACUCCUCCAUCCAUAUCCCGUCCAUCAUGAGCCAGCCCAAUCAGCCGCCCAAGCAGCAGAAGAUCAACAACAGAAAUAGGAGCGGCGGCAGCGGCGGCAGCGGCGCGGGCGAGCCCAAGCCGGGGCGCGGCGCCGCCACGCCGCCCGCCAGGCACCGCGCCACGCCGCCCAUACAGCCGCACGCAGGCGCGGGUGGCAGCGUGAUGCAGGGCGGCGGCGCGGGCUACCAGGGCGGCUACCUGUCGUUCCAGCAGCAGCAGCAGUACCACUCGGGCGGCUGGCCGCCGUCCUGCUCGCUGGCCAAGCUGCAGCAGAUGGCCGAGGCCCCGCAGCAUCAUCCGCCGCAUCAGUUUGUGUGUGACAUGCAGUACGGGCAGCAGGCCAGCACUCCGCCGGCGGGCGCGGGCCACUACCACGCCGCCGCCAAGUACUACCCGCCGCACAACCAGCUCGACGCGCCCAGGAACAUACGGAACACCUCCAGCAACCUGAGCCCCAUGCAGCACAUGCAGAUGGCGCCGGGCUCGCACCUCAUCAGCCAGUACGGGCUCAACGGGUACCGCGUGCCGCCGCAGCAGCAGUUCAACAACCUGCAGAUGAUGAACGUGCAGGGCGGCGUGGGCGUGCAGUACGGCGGCGGCGACCCGCGCGCGCAGCAGGGCAACGUGUACGCCUACGGGUACAUCAACCCGCCGCCGCUCGCCAUGCAGACGCUCAACUCCUCCGUGCGCCGGUAGCGUCGCCGCCCGCCUGCCGCCCGCCCGCCGCGGACCUCAAUCAAAGUACAAAA